AUGACAUUAUUUAAGAAUGAAACACCGAAGACAAUUAAGAAAAGACUCAAAAGCAACCAACAAAAGAAAAGACAACUUUCUUUUACAUACGUGAAGGAAAAAUUGGGUAAUCAGCCUAAUUAUAUAAUGUCCAUGGAUAAUUCAUCAAAUCCAAAAUCAAAAGGUCCAGAGAAAAAGCGCGUAUUAAAACGCUCCAAAUCACUUCCAAGCCAAUCUAAUCCUAAACACCCAAUUCGUUUUAAUUCAUUAUCUUGUAAUACAGACAUCUCAAAAUUUGAUACAGUACCUUUCAGCUCACAAUUAGUUGGGGAGCCUGAAGAACAAGAUAUCGAAACAUUUUUUAAAGAAUUUGUUGACACAAUAAUGAUUGGAAAUAAUUUAUUAUCCAAUGAAAAAAAUUCAAAUUACGACUAUACUUCUGUUGACAAAAGUCUCGUUGAAGAAAAUGGUCGGACGAAUUCACACUAUCCAUCUGAUAAUAAAAUGAAUACUUCAAUGUAUUAA